CGAUUAUUCGAUCGUAACAUUUAUCGACAAAUAUCGAUAACCAAGGAAGCGCGUAAUUACAAGAUCAGCCGAGAGAGGGCGAUUUGUGAUAGAGAGGAGUGGGAGAGCGGCGCGAGGAAGAAAAUGGCCGACAAGGCUACGGUAAAAGGGCAGGGACGUCGUGCGAGGUACGCGUUUCGAGAAGGAAAGAUGCGUGCGUCACAGUGAAUUGCGCGAGAAGAAUCGUGCAGGAAGAAUCGGGAUAUUAAACGGAGCGUCGCGUGGUGCCGGUAGGUUUGUUCGAUCGACGAGACCUUAGUCGUGCCAGUUGGAUCGUUUUAAAAAAAAGCGUUCGCGGGCCGAUCAUAGGCAACACACGUAGAGAGAGUGAGAAGGGCUCGCCAGAGAGAUAGAUCCAGUAUUUAUUUGGACUAUCACUAUUAUUAUCUACAAUGGCAGUUAGGUAGUUGUAAAAAUUGACUAAGGACAUUCAAGAACUUCAAGCGUAUUUUUAUCAAAUUGAAGAUGUGAAGAGAACGCACAUGAUGAAGCCACAGAAGAAGGCUAUUGUUGCCCGAAAGGCAACUAAAAUGCCAACAGUAGCUAAAAAACGUCGCACUCUCUUGGAAAAGACCAUAUCAGAAGUAAAGAAGGAGAAGAAAUCUAAGAAACAGGAUAAAUCCGAAGAUCUGAAAAGAAAGUCAGACGGCGAGAAGAAAAAAUCAGAUAAAAUGGAAGAUAAAAAGAAAUAUGAAGAAAAGAAGAAAGUUGAAGAUAAGAAGAAGGACAAGUCAGAGAAAAUGGAUAAAAAGUGUAAUAAGGAUAAUGAAAAGAAAACUGAUAAAAUAAUCGAAGAGGAGAAAUUGGAUAGGGGAGAGGAAAAAGAAGAUACGGAAGAGUCACAGUGUGACAAUCAAGAUAAAAAAAAGGGACAGAAGUUGGAAGAGAGAACUAAAGUCGAAAAACAGUCUGCGGAUAAUAAAAAGAAAAUUGAAAAAUCGGAUGAUAGAAAAAAAUGUGGGAAAAUGGAUGAGGAAAGUGCGGAAGAUCAAGUGAAAUCUUUAAAUACCGUAGAGGAUAAGGAUGCGCUUGAAGACAAGACGGAUGUCCUAAGUUUGAGUUUGAAGAAGAGAGGAAAAGAGGAAAAGAAGAAGGAUAUAAAGCUGUCUAAAAUGGAUACGAAAGAAACAUCGAAGAACGUUCUGACGAAGGACAAGAAAUGUGAUCGUAAAAAAAUGUCAGACAAAGAUACUGCUGCCAGUCGAAGAAACUCUCCGACAAGAACAAAGAAGAACUCCAAGAACUCCAAAUCAUCUCAAAAGAAAAGUAUUCCACGAAAAACCGUUUUAGCGAAAAAGCCUCACUUUACGGUAGUCAACAAGUUCGUAGAUAAAAAGAUAAAACUAGUCAAAUCUUUAAAGGUAGAAGAAACGAUUAACGAGGAGGAAGAGGAAGCUAAGAAAGCUAAGAGAAAAAAUACAUGCGCGUCGAAGGGUAAAGGUACGCAAGAGAAGAAGCCAAAAUUAGGUAAACAUAUGAAGGCCAAGUUGCCGCAGAAAAAUUCAAAGAUUUGUGAAGUGAUUAAGGCGGAAGAUAAGUUGAAAACGAUGGCCGAGAAAAUGAUUUUGAAGAAGAAAAUUGAGUUGAAAGCCAUAGAGAAAACAUUGAACGAAACUAAAAAAAUAUCUCAUAGCAAUGCGAUAAAUGAAAGAGCACCCACGCCCGAAAUAAAAAAUGAAGUUUUAGAGGAGAGAGAAUUGGAAAAGAAUAAGGACGAAAGAGACCCAAGGCCCAAAUCGCCAGACGAAAAGAAACCUAUGAAAGGUAACACAAAAAUUGGUAAAAAGGUACCAAAAAAGAUAUCGAAAGGGAAGACACAAAACGAGAGCAACAAUCAAAGAUCUUCGUCUCCCAUGGAAUCCUCCAUGGGAGAAUCCGUUAAACAAUCUAAAGAAUCCGAGGAUGGUAUAAAAAAUGCGAUGGCUGGUACAAAGAAAGAGGAAGUUAAUAACGAAAGCGUUAUUCAAAUAGAUUUAAAAGUCGAGACUGUUAAUGGGGGUAGUACCAGUGGUGUGACCUCGGCAUCCGAAUCGGACGAGGAUUAUGACGAGGAUAUAAAUAAAAAAAGUAAGCAAAGGUAUGCCAAGAAGAAGGAGAGAUCCAAUUCACCUUCCGAUGAACGUGCUAGGAGGAUAAGACUUUUUGGAUUCUGGAACGGACCAAAGCGACACAGAGUGGCAUCAUUGAAUGCUUUGGCCAAGGUACAUUGCCUCUAUGAAAAUGAAACCGGGGGAGUGUAUCUUGGUGGCUUCUGUAAGCCUAAGCCGGAGAAAGAGAAGCAGAAAAAGAAUAAAGAGGAAAAGGAGGAAAGUCAAGUGCGUAAAGAAAAAGAAAAAAAGUCGAGUGAGAAGAAGUCGGAAGAACUUCCAACUCCAAAAAGAAAAUUGAGAAAUGUUCCAGGAUUAAGGGGGAAACAUUGGGACAUGUUGGAGAGUUCAUCGUCUUCUCCAUCUUCGGACGAGGACUAUGAGCGUGAGAAAAACAUUGAACGUUCUAAAAAGAAAGUAAUCAAGAGAAGAAAGAGAAACGAAGAGGUUAUGGAUUUGAAGGAUAUGGUUGUGUGUAAAAGGAUGGCCAGUCUUAAUGCUUCGGCAAUUUUGGCUGCAUCCUAUUCGGAUGAAAAGAAUCGUUGCGGAUCUAGUAGUGACUCUUCGAGCGAAUCGGAAGUGGAAAUUAUCAAGAGACGCAGGCAACAUGAUUCGGAUGCAGAGAAAAAGAAAGGAAGGCAAGGCUCAGAUCCGGAUGAUGUUUUAAAGCCAUCCAAAAAAGUUGUAAUCGUUAAUCAAGAUACUGAUGUAACUAUAACAGGUGUUUACGUUAACCAAACACGGUCGACGCAUCACGAAGGUUUUUGCAGUAUCGCUGGUAUGCAAUACAGAAUCAGUUCGACCAGUCACACACAAACUGCAGCUACGGCGGUAGCUACUGAGCUUCACGACCAGCAAAAGACAGAGCAACCAUGCAAAUCUUACACGCCGUUGGGUGCGUUAUCGUCUAUGCAACCACCGGGCAGUCAAGGAAAUCAUCCAAAUAUGUCACCGCGAAGGCAUUCGGCAUUUUCUGCGCCGCAUCAGCACGGGUAUUAUCAGCCGGCUGGACCACUGAUACAGCACCCGCCAACAUUACCCCCGGUUAAGGGCCCACCACCGGAACCAACUCCCACGCCUCCUCAAAACUCGGAAGGCUCGGACGAUUUGGUCGCGACAUCGACCACUUCCGGUGGCACGAGUAGUACAGGUGCAUUCAGAUAUUCCUAUACAGCGGAUAUUCCAGGUGGAGGAGGCUUUUAUAGGGCAUAUUGCCCUUCCUAUUAUAGCACGCCACCUCAGUAUCAAGAUCUCUGUUAUCCACCUACGUAUACCCAUCCUCACGCUCAUCCUCCGCCGUACUACAAGUACGCGCCAACUUACAGAAGAUUUCUUUGUAGGCAGUACUAUGGGUAUCAGGAAUCUGGUGGAGGCGGAGGACCGGGAGGUGGAGGCACGGCUGGUGGUCCUGGAGUCGUUGACUAUCAACCACCGCCACCGCCACCCGGAGAAUAUCCCUUGCCUCCGUAUUACGGGGGUUACCCUCCACCACCACCUCCGGCUAAUCCAGCAUAUCUUCAUUCUCAGGGAAGACCUUUCGUAGACCACGCAGCCUUCCAGGGUUGUCCGUGCCCGAUGCAGUCAUGUCCAAAAAACGUGGAUACUGGGCCCCUUAUUGGUAAUGGUAAGGGAGCGCCAGUGGUAUCGGGGCCCGGUCUGUCAUUGCCGCCCAGUGCUUUGGUAGGUCCGCCCUCGCCAGCGAGGGGGCUAGCCGGGCUAGCGCCACCUCAUGGUGCCAAUGCCUGGGAUACGGAUCGUGUCCAACUCAACACUUUACGCAACCUCAAUCAAAGCCAACCGGCUGUUCCACCGUCUCAUAAUCUCGUCGGUGGUCAUAAUCGUUCUCAGAACUCUGACUGCAGGAGCAAGGACGAGAAGAAUUGCACCGAGGACAAGUUGAGAAAGUGUGCCUGUCAGAAACACGGCUGCACAUCUACUUGCGAGGUCAAGAUGGAGACACUCUCGCCGAGCGAAAAGCUCACGGUUGGGAACUGUCCGAGCAGCAAGUUUCACGAAUUCAAGCUUGAGAACAAUAACGUUAAGUGCGAGUCCUGCAGCGUCGAGAUCGGGGAUAAUUUGAGUUGCGCGGCGAAUUGUAACGUGAAAUGUGAGUCGGACUACAAGUGCGAUAUCAUGAAGUGCGAGCAGUGCAUGAAAGAGAGCAAAAUGGCUAUAUUGGAGAUUGACAAGGAUUCGGGUAUUUUACUGAUCGACGAUAAGCUCGACGCUGAUCCGGACGUGAAGGAGGAGCUCAACGACGUCGUGGUGAUAGGUAAUGAGAAUUGGAAAAAGCCGGAUUACGAGCCGACAGUUCAAGAAACGGUCGAAGAUAAGGAAGAGAUCCCGGUCGAAAAGAUUCCGGUUGAGGUUGAACAACCAAAGUGUCAAAAGGUAACCAAACGAAAAUUGUCAUUGGACAGUUUGUCGGAUGGACGUAAGAAAAGGAAGGUUAGCAAGAGAACUCUGUCGGUUGGCUCGACACAAGAUCUUAACGAUAAUACGAGCAAAGUGAUAGCACCGAUCGAGCCGCUUCUCGAUAAGGUGGACGGUGUCAACGAAGCGUGCGUUUCGAAAAAGAAACAGGCCAAGAAGGAGAGUCAGCAGGUACAGGGUCAGAAACGUAAAGCCGAGACUCCUAACAGUUCGGAAUCCGCGUCGAAAAAGUCCAAGUGUACGAAACAAGCGGCGUGUAAUAACAGCUUGACGAGUAAUAAUUCAAAAUCUCCGGCUAGCGAUACUUCCAUCAUGGAGACCAUCGAUAAGGUUAUACAGCAGAGCUUGCAAAUGACCCAGAAGAAGGAUCGGAAGACAAAGAUUAACGAUAAGUCGGAAAAUAAGAAGAACAAGGGUACUAGUAUCUUAAAGAAGGUUGGUAAAAAGUUGGGCUUGGCUAAGGAAUUGGAGAAAAUAUCGAAGAUAGUAACGAAGAUCAGUCAGAGCAAGGGUAAAACUGAGAAAACGAAGGCAAAAACGCAGGAUGUCAAAUCUAGAAGCAGAAGCAAGGGCAAAUCGCAGGAGACAAAGUCUGCUAAGGGUCAGGAUACAAAAUCGAAAGAUAGCACGAAGAAAAACGAAGCGGCGAGCAAAGGUUGUAAGGCCGGUGGCGAGGCUAGCGAAGAAACGAAGAAGCCGGCAUUGAUCAAGAAGAAACGGAAGAGCGCGAAGAAGUCUAACGUAAAGAGAGCAACCUCCAAAAUCGAGGAUACCUUAGGAGGGAGCGAAAAUUUGUCGCUCGCUAGAAAAACAUUUUUAAAGCCGAAAUGGAGUAACGGCUGGAGUUGGGAGGGUGACGCUUUCGAAGCCAAAGUUUACUUAACGAACGAGGAGUCGGCUAUACGUCGGUGUUACGCCAGCAUGAAGCACGAGAGCGGCGAUGUCCUGAGACCCAGAGACUGCGUUUUACUUAAGAGUGGACCAAGGAAGGCCGAUUUGCCGUUCGUUGCGAAGAUAGCUGCGCUUUGGGAAAAUCCGGACGACGGUGAGAUGAUGUUUUCGCUACUGUGGUACUACAGGCCGGAACACACGGAACAGGGCCGUACGCAAUGCGACACCGAGGACGAGGUGUUUGCUUCUCGCCACAGAGAUGCCAACAGUGUCGCUUGCAUAGAGGACAAAUGUUAUAUUCUAACGUUUAACGAGUAUUGUCGCUACCGCAAGAAUUUGCGAAGAAUCGAAGAGGGUUUGGAGAGUCCCGGUUUAAUAGUUCCACCGGGGGACCAAGUAUAUCCGAGAAAGAAUCGGCAACCACCGAUACCAGUACCAUCGGACAUGGUACUCUUCUGUCGGCGCGUUUACGAUUAUCGCGGAAAAAAACUCGUAAAGAAUCCUGGAUGACUCGAAUUCCUAUAAGAUACUUCGAAUAGGAACAAAUGGAAUGCACAAAGUUUGCGGGCCACAUUGAAACUGGACGCAGGUUUCCCCUCAAGCUUAAUUAGCGUCGUAUCGAGCGAUUCUUCUUGAUCUCUCUCUUUCUCUCUCUCUCUCUCGUUUUUCUCCUUUCCUCUUUUAUUUACUCGUCAAUUUUCAAUAGGAUCCUAUUAUUUCUGUGUCAAUUUUAAACAGACAUUUUUUCGAUAUAAUUUCCUUUCGAAUUUCUCGCAAUAUUUUCCAAGUUUUUUUUUUUUUUUUUUUUUUUUUUUUUUUUUUUUUUUUUUUUUAAUCCUUUCUAUAUUAUCGAGUUAUACAUAUUGUCACGAAAUAUAUGUUUAAGUUAUUGCGAGAUGAUACAAAUGAGAUCACGAUGAAUCAUUCAUAAAGAAAAAAAAAAAAAAAAAGAAAAAAAAAAAAAAGAAAAAAAAAGAAAACCUGACGAUAUCCAUUUCUAGAUUACGCGUCGAUCGAACGAUCGUUUCUAAGAUCCAACAAAAAAGACAACCGUUUAUUUGUUAAUCAUACGUAUAAUCUCACACAUAAUUAAUAUAUAUGUAUAUAUAUAAAAAUAUAUAAAUACACACACACACACAUAUAUAUAUAUAUAUAUGUAUGUGUGUGUGUAUAUGUAUAUAUAUAUAUAUAUAUCUUCGAUAUCUUCCCGAUAUCUUUCCUACAUCAAUAGAACGAUAGUAGAGGAAGAAUACGAUCGUUCGCAAUCGACGCGAAUCGUCGCGUAUCGACGACGUAAGAGCGUUUAUAGCGAAUUAGUAGGAUUUGACAAUUUUAUAGAAGAGAAUAUAAUAUUUUUUGCGACAUAGAGCGUGUACGAGCUUUAAAUGAAUAUUUUUCACAUAGGAGGUACAAAAUAUACGACGCGGUCGUCUAUUAAAAGCGACGUGAUCUUUCUUGGUGGGAACCUUCGGACAGUUUCAAAGUAUAGGAAUCAGAAAAAAGAAAAGAACAAGAAAAAGAAAAAUAGAGCACUCGACCAUAUUUAGCGAAGAAAAGGAAAAAAAAAAAAAAUAAUAAUAAUAAUACAGAAAUUUAGCGAUGUAAGGAGCGCGCGAUACGCGUUUUCUCGCGUUUCUCGAUUUAAUGAAAAAGAAACAUUCUGGUAGAUCUAACAGCGGCAAGUGUGACGUGACACUUUCGUAAAUCCAUUUUGCGUAGCAUCCAUCGUUCGAAGUGAAUAUCGUAAGGUGUUCCGAGGUUAACGAGAGCACAGAACUGCAAAAUAAAGAUAAUGAAUUCUUAAGAGAAGCAAGAAAAGGAAAAGGAAGAAAGGAAAAAAAAAGAAAGAAAGAAACAAAGGAACAACAUGGGGGGGGAGGGGAACAAAAUUAAAGAAAAAAGGAAAUACUGUCAGACCCGCGCACACGCAUCAUCAUUCCCGAGUAUAUUAUCAUUAUUGUUAUCGUUAAUCGACGAUGUAAAACCCAUUUUCUCGUGGUCCAGCACGUAGAGAAGAGGAUAGAACGAUUUCUGGAUGUUUCUAAGCUCGAUUUGAUCGAUCAGAAAAAACAAAAAAGAAAUUAAGAAAUAAACAAAAAGGAAUAAAGAAUCUCCUUACUCGCAGCUCCCAUUCGUCGUCUUAUCGAAAUCGUUUGAUUUUUUUUAAAAAGAGAAAAGAAAAAAUUUUUUGUUCGACGAAUCGAACGUAAUCGGUUUUUUUUUUGUUUUUUUUUCUUCUUUUCCCCGUGUCAAAUACGACGCGCGAGUAAUCGAAUCCGGAGAUUUGUUUUUAAUCUCGAAAGAAUUUUUACUGCAAACAUUCGAUCGGUAGAUAUUUUGUCCAGUCUCGAGUACGAAUUGCUACAAAGUCGAUGAAUGAAAGGUUAAACGAGUCGUGUUUCACCAACGUUGGUUUUUUGUUUUGAUUUUUUGUUUCUCUCUCUCUCUCUCUCUCUCCCUCUCUCUCUCUCUCUCUCUCUCUCUCUAUCUAUCUAUCUCUAU